CAGUGGCAGAGCUGAUCUCAACUCAGCAUCCAGCCUGAUUCAUCCUGGACACAUUGCUUUCCUUCCAUUCCUGUCAUCUUAUUUCUUAUGUAGACACCAUGCCCACCUCUUUCUUCUUACAACUCUUAUAUUUCCUGUGUAUAUGAUUAUCCAAUCUAUACUUAACUCAUUAGCAUUGACUUCUCUCUCAUGCACUUUACCCUCCAUCAUCACUUUCCUCUGCCUCCUCCUUACACCAUUUGCCUGUUUGGUCAUCUGCCCUUCUUUCACUGCCUUAUCCUACUCACCUUGUAAAUCUUUCUCCUCUGUCAUUCCCUGUACUACCUUUUCUUGACCCCUCCCCCUUUGGCUUUACCUCAUGGAUAUUCUGCAAUGGUUAUUUUUAUACCUUGGUGUAUUCUGCAGCUUGGUGCCUUGCUGCGGACACCCACAGCCAUGUCGUAUUCUUGCCCGAAUUGGGCACACAGUUCGUCUUGGUGCCCUCUUACCCUUGGCUGGACAAUCACAGACAAGAAUCCAGAAUGUUCUGUCCCGCAUCAGUCGCAGCAGUUUGCUUCCCUACAACCUGAGUUUGGAGGUGGUUUCUGGAGCCCCAAGGGAGAGGGACCCUGCCUCACUGGCACGAUGGUUGUGCCAGGUGAUAGUAGCCCAGGGGGUGGCUGCAGUGUUGGCAUUCCCUCAGUCACAGGAGGAGCUACUACAAUUGGAAUUCUUGUCAAGUUUCUUGGAGAUCCCAUUCCUCAGUAUUCUGGAGCAAGAUCAGAUCAUACCACUGAAUACUAAGAAUUCCUUCCACCUGCAAAUGGAUACUCGAAGUUCUGUGGAUUCCCUCAUGGAAAUUUUGAGCAGUGUCUUACAAAAUAGUAGCUGGGAGGAACUGAUGGUCAUCACCUGCCAUCCAUGGGAAAGUACCAGCAUACUUGACUAUUUGACUACAAACACUAGCAUGGCGACACGAGACAUUGUCAGCCUUCAUUCACUCAGUGAUUCUGCCAUAGGUACCUACUUGCGUCAUCAUUUUGAAGUUAUAAGGAACUCUCAGAUUCCCUUGCUUCUUUAUGGAUGUGAUGCCCAAAGAUCCUCUAUAGUGUUCCAAGCAACUAGAGACUGUGGGUUGGAACCACAUGAGUUUCACUGGAUGGUUGGACAACCUCUCAAUGUGAAAGAGAUGCAGACAGAUGGUAUGCCUCCUGAGCUGCUGGCUUAUGGAGAGGUCAGCCGGCCAAGUUUGGAGAAGUUUAUAAGAGAUGCGGUUGGGCUGGUGACCAGGGCAAUAACCAGAGCAGUGCAGAUAAGACCAGAUCUUGCACUGAUUCAGACCAUGGUGAAUUGCAAUGACAAACAGACAUUACAAAGUGAAUCUUCUGGCAUGUACCUCUUCAGGUAUUUAUCCAAUACAUCAUUCUCUGGCCAAACAGGUCAAGUGUAUGUAAAGAGCAAUAAUAUGGUCCACACUGAUCACCGCUACAAGAUAUGGAGCCUGGUGCGUGAUUCUCUAGGAGACCCAACUUGGGUAACUGUUGGGAGCUGGCAUGAAGGAAAAAUGGAAGUAGAGGAGGGUUUGUGGCAGAGCCGCAUACAACAAAGAGAACAAGUAUCAGUGGUAACACAACGUACAAAGCUCAGAGUUGUAACUCUGGUUGAACAUCCCUUUGUUUUCACUCGAAAGGUGGAUGCUGAUGGCAGUUGCCCAGCUGGUCAAAUGUGUCUGGAUCCACAUACAAAUAACUCUGCCUUGUUAGAUAUUUUAUUUGAGGAGCUUAAUUUACCAAACGGAUCUGUGCCACUAGAAUACAAAACUUGCUGUUACGGUUACUGUAUUGAUUUAUUAGAAAAGCUGUCAGAGGAUCUUGGAUUUGACUUCGAGCUGUAUAUUGUUGGAGAUGGGAAAUAUGGUGCACGGAAAGGUGACCGUUGGACAGGACUAGUUGGAGACCUGCUGAGCGGAGCAGCUCACAUGGCUGUCACCUCCUUUAGUAUAAAUUCAGCGCGAAGCACUGUUGUAGACUUCACUAGCCCAUUCUACUCCACCAGUCUUGGCAUCUUGGUGCGCAUGCGAGACACUGCCUCCCCAAUUGGGGCCUUUAUGUGGCCACUACACUGGUCUAUGUGGGUGGGAAUAUUUGUGGCCUUGCAUAUCACUGCACUAUUUCUCACAUUCUAUGAAUGGAAGAGUCCUUUUGGGAUGACCCCACAUGGACGUAACCGAUUGAAGAUUUUCUCAUACUCUUCUGCCCUCAACCUAUGCUAUGCCAUUCUAUUUGGAAGGACGGUAUCAAGUAAAACCCCUAAAUGUUGCACAGGCCGAGUUCUCAUGAACCUCUGGGCUAUUUUCUGCCUACUUGUACUGUCCAGCUACACUGCAAAUCUGGCAGCAGUUAUGGUGGGAGAGAAGACUUUUGAGGCUUUGUCUGGAAUCCAUGACCCAAAGCUCCAUCAUCCUUCUCAGGGCUUCCGCUUUGGUACAGUUUGGGAGAGCAGUGCAGAGCAGUAUAUUAAAAAAAGUUUCCCUGAAAUCCACAACUACAUGCGAAGGUUCAGCGUCCCAUCCACAUCAGAUGGAGUCCACAUGUUAAAAACGGAUCCUCCAACCCUAAAUGCUUUCAUCAUGGACAAGGCUUUGUUGGAUUAUGAGGUGUCCAUAGAUUCAGACUGCAAAUUACUGACUGUGGGAAAACCCUUUGCUAUAGAAGGUUAUGGGAUUGGUCUUCCCCAAAACUCUGCCCUAACCUCUAAUAUAUCAGAGUUUAUCAGCCGUUACAAAUCAUCUGGGUUCAUGGACACCCUGCACGACAAGUGGUACAAAAUGGUGCCCUGUGGGAAGCGGGUGUUUGCUGUGACUGAGACACUACAGAUGGGAAUUUACCAUUUUUCAGGACUGUUUGUCCUCCUGUGUAUUGGUUUCUGUGGCUCAAUCCUCACCUCAUUGGUUGAAAGAGUUGUCUACCAUCUAGUUCUGCCUCGAAUCAGGAGGCGCCGCAGAUUUAAAUAUUGGUUACAUACUAGUCAGAAAAUCCAUUGGGCUUUGAACAUGACGAGUGAGGAUGAAGAUGUGAAGCCCCCAAAACCUGACAAACGGUGCAACCUCCAGAGAGAUACUCUUGCAGAGUCCCAGUCUGUGUGGAACAACCUACGUCGUACUCCCAUCCGCCAGGAGAAAAGAGUGCACUUUAAUCUAGAGACUGUGAACACCAAGGAUGUUUUAUGUGAAAAUGGACAACUCUGUAGCUCAAAAGAGCAAGAGCUCAAAGAGCUGGAGGUGAAAAUAGAGGGUAUGAAGGAUCAGCUGAGGGCUGCUCUGGUGAGAAAAAGUCAGCUGAUGGUGAUCCUGCAGCCCCCAUGUAAUCACACUCAGGCAAAGACUGAGGAGAACAGAUGAUAAACAGAUUGUGUACACACACAUACACGUCUAGACAAAAGCUCUUAGGGGUUUGCAUUGUAAUUGUUCAGUUUUUUCAGUGAAGAGUUGCAGGCAGUUCAUCACUGAAGGACUAAGGUGCCACAAGUGUGCUAGUGUUCAUAGUGCUUAGAGGACACUGCGAUUACACACUGAAGGGGAUGGGAACGGGGAGUGCUCAUCAUGUCACAUGGAAGAGCUAAUGUACACGAAAUGCUGCACACAAGGCUUUCUUAGCGUAAAUGCUCUGGUGUGACCACUGAUGACUGCUCUUUGCAUACUUCAAUAUGUCAUCGCAGGGAGACUUGUGCACUAAAAAUGAUGGAAAACAUCUAGUGCUCAAAGCGCCUGUGUGACACCACCCUACAGCACAUGGAGAUAAAGUAAUGCAAUCCCCAAAAAUAAAUUCAAUUAUUUUGCAAACUGGCAACACCACAUUGACAGGCAUCAAGCAAAUCAUGUUAUAUUUAAACUGAAAUUCGUAAUUUAUUCAUUCAUAUUCCUGAGCUGGAAAUAUAUUUUUAAUGUGGUUUUGUUUACAGUAUAAUUUACCCAAUCUUUGUGUCAUGUUUUAAAAUUAGUUCAUCGGUCGUAAUGUGAUUACUUGAUCUCCGACACCGGAAUCCCGACCAACGGCAUCAGCCCGGUGUCGAUAUACCGAUGGGGGUUGGGAUACCGGCACCAAAAUACCGACAGCCAGAAUCCCAAGCAAUGUUCCAGCGAUUGUGUCCUGCUGUGGGGGUGGGGAGAGGUUAGGU